ACACCCAAGAGCUUCCCGAUUGCAGUGGCUUCUCUUCGUUCGCUGCCCAUACCCAGAAGAAAGCGGGGACGUGCCGGAGCUGGGGAAUCGUUGGACACUUCCGAAUCGCCAAAAAUAUAACUUGAACAAACCUCAGUGCUUAUCGAGAGUACCUGUGACAAAUUUUAAUCAUACAUUUCAACAUUUGAACUAAUACGCAAAAAUGUCCUGGCAAAGCUACGUGGAUAACCUGAUGGCCGAUGGCAGCUGCCAGGACUCCGCCAUUGUUGGGUACACGGACGCCAAAUACGUCUGGGCAUCGGUUGCCGAUGGUACUUUUGGCAACAUGUCGAUUGAGGAGAUUGACAUCUUAAUAGGAAAGGACCGGGAGGGAUUUUUCACCGGAGGGCUGACCCUAGGCCAAAAGAAGUGCUCCGUCAUCAGAGACAGCCUCCAUGUCGAUGGCGACUGGACAAUGGACAUCAGGACAAAGAGUCAAGGAGGAGAGCCAACAUACAACAUUUCCGUAGGCAAAGCCGGCAAAGCAUUGGUUUUAAUCAUGGGAAAGGAUGGUGUCCAUGGAGGGCAACUCAACAAGAAAGCGUUUCUAAUGACUGAGUACCUGAGGAAGUCUGGAUACUAAGUCAACCUCUGCUAGCCACCUAGCAGAAUCACCCUUACCACCCUGUUGCGUUUCACAGUACUUCCACUUUUAUAGUUGGUAGUUGCUUCUUUAUUUUAUUUUUUCUUCCCUCCCCCUCCCCCCCAUCCGAUUUUGUCCCCCAUUUUGCAUUCUGCUGUUUAUUUUUAUUUUUUCCUCUUUCUCGGUCAUCUGUAUGCAUUCACACUACUCCUAUCCCAUUCUAGCACUACUAUUGCACCAUAGUUAAAGAUGAGCAUGUUGUUAACAGGACAUUGACAAAAUCUGUACUUACGGAACACCUGCACCAUGCAGGCCAAACACUCAGUGCAAAAACUCUAAACCAAGUUAAGGAAACCAAUUUUUGUUAUGAAGAACUGAGAUUUUGUGUGGUGGUGCCAGGUAGUUCAGUGUCCCCCCCCCUCCCUGAACGGCCGAUGCCUUUUUGAAGCACUUGAGCGGUAAACCAAGCUCAUAUUGUCUUCCUUUUUCUAGAGCAUGUCUGGGAGGGGAAACGGCAUGCAUAUCUUUUAAGUCCACUGUUGUUCUCCCCGCCCUAUCCCCUCCCCUGCUCCCUAGUAACUCCUGCCAAAUGUCUGUACCGUACCCCGACCCCCCCCCCCCCCCCCCCCAUCCUGUUCGUCCAUAGUAAUUGACACUCCAUCACUACACAGGAGACACAACUCUCCUCCAUUAACCAACCACUACACCCUGGUCCCCCCCGCCCCCCCCCCCCCUUCUGCUCUCAACCUCACUACUCUGUACUGAAUGAUUUGAGGGUGGGGGGGGUUGUGCUUGGAUGCAGUCCUGACAUGCUAUCAGUUUUGGGUAUUGAUUUGAGUCGAAUGGCAAAAGAAGCCCAGCCGGUUGAGAUGAUGCAGGUAGAAGCUCCUCCCUAGCCCUCAUGAUCUCCCUGACUACAUGAACCCCAUGGACAUUCCAUCGUUACAAUGGCUCAGGCACUUAAACUAUUGUUUGCCAGCUCCUGUAAUAUAUUGUAAGUUUUUUUUUUUUAAGGCUGCCAUUUUGGACAGUAGAUAUCCCAGCAUAACCACCUGGAGUGUGUCCAGUUAGAUUUCUUUUUUUCAUAGGACCAAUUUUAGUCACAGUUUGGGUAUAUAUACAAUUGCUCUAAAUCAUUGGAAAAGUGACUGCUAGACUCACGUUUCUGCAAAACUACACUAACAUAAACCACACUACAACAGUAAAACAGCUGUGGGGCAGGAGAGUGGAGGGAUUGUCGUUGAAGGUCUCUUUUUUUUUUUUUUUUUUUUAAAGAAAUGAAUUACUGCAUUUUGUAAACCCAUGCUGUGUAAAGAAACAAAACUGUGGAAUAAAUUGCCUUUCUCUCUAGUCAUCACCUAAGAUGUGGUUAUCAAACUGUCUGUUCAAGCUUGGUACUAAAUGUAAUGUCCAAUUGAAAAGAACUUCAAAAGAUUACGUAGAAAUGACACUAAAUUGUAACGGGAGAUGGGAUUGGUUGGAAUAAGAACACUGGUUGUCUUGUGGAAACGUAAUAUACAAAACCUGUGUAUCCUGUGCCAUAAUGUGGAGCGAAAUCUGUUGCUAUUGUGAGAUGGAUUUUACCUGCUGCCCCAAAAGGAGUCAUUUCAUGGGCACUUUCUAGGGAUGUUUUAGCAUCAGCUCCAAUGUUCAGGCCUUGUGGGAUGUGUGUACUGAUUAAAAUCCUGUUUGCUGA